UCUCGCUCUUGCACAACACAAACACACACACGCGACUUGAAAAAAAAAACCAUGUCGACCUCGUCGUCGUUAUUGCAGGACGUGCUUAGGCCGCACGCCUUUGGCGUCGAUAGAAUCGACUCGAAGCUUGCGGUUGCUUCAUCCAACGGUAAUGGUGACUCCCUUCCCAACUCACCCACAAAUGGACACCCCACGUUGGAUGACUCAGAUGAUGAACUCGUUGGAGUCAUGUCCAUGCCCGGUUCGCCUUCGCGCUCCGCGGCUCCAUCACGCCAGUCCUCGCGCCCAUCAUCACCCACCCGCCUGGGCGCGAACAAGAGAAAGGUCCCUGGUCCACUCCACCUGACCAGGUCGAAAGAGAGAAGCUCGGAUCCGCUCCGAGCGUUCCCGACUGAGAUAUCUCAACGCAUUUUCGGACUCUUAGAGGUUCGAGACCUUGCCCGCUGCGCAUGUGUGUGCCGAAAGUGGGAGAAGAGCCAGUCGCUGAACUAUGUAUGGUUCCAACACGUUCGUAGAGAAACGUUCCAAGAUGAGACACUACCUCCCGGAAAGUGGACUCGUAGAGAGUCGAAGCAAAACUGGCGGAUAACAUACAUGCAAACCGCCUCCCAGCGCGAGCGCGACUCUGCAGGAACAUACACCCCUCCGCCGCGUUACUCUCGACCCGCCUCGCCCUUCGGCAAUUCUCUAUCGUUUGCAAACAUCAUGUCCUCCGCCGACGCACCUGCAUCCUCCUUUGGUGGUGCGGGACGCGCAUCGCGCCCGGGCUCGGGUUACGUCACGCCGAAAGAGGCACGCGAGGAAGCUUGGAGAAUGGAGGCGGAGGAGAAAGAGAAACUUACUAAGAACGAGAUGCGCGAGAUGUACAAGGAACUUGGAGGACGAAAGGCGAGGUCGAAGGGGAAGUUCGGAGCAGUUGUGAGGGAUAAAGGCGGUUGGGACGCUGGUGGUGAUUUUGACUAUUGACCAGCAUAGAAGAGAAGUAAUGGGGUCGUUACACGCCCUUUCCGAGAGAUUCGUUAUUCUUUGACACGAUUUACGGCUUUCCGCCUCGUACAUUCUUCUUACACGCAAUUGGACGACAUAUACACGGACUCGUUCGGAUUUUCGCGGUGCGGAUGCUAUGUGUUAUCUUAUAGCUAUCUUGGAUUAGACGCAUAGAUUGUGAUCAGCACAUUUCUGCUAUAUAUGCGCUCAAUGCACGUGCUCUAAAUUCGACCCAGA